AUGUGGAACAAAUUUAGGGUGACACUCUUAGUCGUCGGUGUCCUGUUCCAUCUGUUCUACCUAUGGUCGAUCUUCGAUAUCUAUUUCGUAUCUCCGCUCGUGCAUGGCAUGAAGCAAUACCGCAGUACGGAGCAACCCCCUGCAAAGAGACUGUUCUUGAUUGUUGGGGAUGGGCUGAGAGCAGAUACCACAUUUGAUAUGAUAACUCACCCAGUCACGGGGAAAACUGAGUAUCUGGCCCCAUACAUCAGAUCGUUGGUUGAGAAUAACGCAACCUACGGUAUCUCGCACACUAGAAUGCCGACGGAAUCCAGGCCUGGACAUGUAGCCAUGAUUGCCGGGUUUUAUGAGGAUGUUAGUGCCGUCACCAAGGGCUGGAAGGAAAACCCUGUUGAUUUUGAUAGUUUCUUCAACCAAUCGACUCAUACGUACUCUUUCGGUUCCCCUGAUAUUUUACCCAUGUUCAAAGACGGUGCUUCCGACCACAAUAAAGUGGAUGCGUGGAUGUACGGUCAUGAAUUUGAGGACUUCACUCAGUCGUCCAUUGAAUUGGAUGCAUACGUGUUUAACCACAUGGAUCAACUUUUCUAUAACUCCACUGUCAACAGGACUCUGGAUAACGAGAUAAGACAAAACGGUAACGUUUUCUUCCUGCAUUUAUUGGGCUGUGACACAGCAGGCCAUUCAUAUCGUCCCUAUUCCCCCGAAUACUAUGACAACGUCAAGUAUAUUGACAGAGAGGUAGAGAAACUGAUGGACAAAGUGCAUAACUUCUUCGAUGAUGACGAUACCGCAUUUAUAUUUACCGCAGACCAUGGUAUGAGCGCCUUUGGAUCUCACGGUGACGGCCAUCCCAACAAUACAAGAACACCCUUAGUAGCCUGGGGUGCUGGUCUUAAUAGACCAAAACUGAAUGACGUACCAAUUUACGACAACUAUACAAAACCUUGGAAUCUGUCCCAUAUCCAAAGGAACGAUGUAAAACAAGCUGACAUUGCCUCUUUAAUGUCGUACUUGAUUGGUGCUAACUAUCCGGUAAACUCUGUUGGUGAACUUCCUCUCGCAUACAUUGCCGGUAAUGAGAGCGACAAGCUUUACGCACUAUACAAUAAUGCAAGAACAAUUCUUGAACAGUACAUUGUUAAAAGAGACGAGGUGAUUGAUUCCCAGUUUGUCUUCAAAGACUAUCCAAAAUUUGCCAAGAAAUCACACGAGGUCUACCUCGAUGAAAUCCAUUAUGUUAUUGACCUGAUAUCGCAAGGACAGGAAAGUCUAGAAGCAGAAGCCAUCGCAUUGACGGAAGAAUUGAUAUCCACUACUUUGGAAGCAUUGCACUACCUAACAACUUACAAUUGGAGAUUCACUAGAACUAUUGUCACCUUUGGUUUCAUCGGUUGGAUUAUUUACUCCUUCACGAUUUUUCUAAAGCUUUUCAUCUUGAAAGAUGGGGAUGCUGCCCUUGAAAUAAAAACAACCUGGUUCAAUUGGUUUGUUUUCACCAUUAUUGGAGCUGUUCUAAACUAUGUGUUGUAUUAUCAGCGCUCCCCAUUCAAUUUUUACAUGUACCUGUUCUUCCCAAUUUUUUUUUGGAGUCAGAUCUUUGCUAGCAAUGUUGUCUUGCAAAGGGGUAUUACCGAGUUCUUCAAAGGCAUCAACAAUUUCGAGAGAAUUCUGAUCGGUGCUGCCACAAUUGCAAUGUACGAAGGUAUUGUUUAUGGGUUCUUCCAUCGUUGGAUUUUCACCCUCAUUUUUGUUCUGCUAUCCGUAUAUCCAUUUUUGUGCGGUUACUCAGGCUCUUUGCUAUCCAGUUUUUGCUGGAUUGCAUCAAGCAUAGCAAUUUCUACAUUUAACUUGUUCGACGCGGUUAAAAUCGAAAGUCUAACUCAAAUCAAUCUUGCCGGCUUAUUAAUUGUUUUGAGCUCGCUCUAUUCCUUGAGUAAAGUCAAACAACAGAUAACGCGUUACACUCGCAGCGUUUUUGCAAUUCAAAUAAUGGCAGUGGUGCUUAUGCUAGUAGUAACGAAUAAGUCUGUGACAUCGUUGCAACAGAGGAAGGGACUGCCAUAUGAUGCGCAGAUCGGUGGUUGGUUACUGAUGGGGAUUUCAUUUCUUUUGCUGCCCUUUCUUCAUUACUUGAAACCAAACAACAACUAUAAGGUUAGAUUUCUGGUUAUUUAUCUGACGUUUGCACCAACAUUUCUAAUCCUGACAAUUUCGUUCGAGUCGCUAUUCUACUUCCUAUUUAGCGCAUACGUUAUCCAGUGGAUUGAAAUUGAGUCGCAGGUUAAGUUAACACGGGAUACUAAAGAGGGGAAGAACGAAAACUGGUUGCAAUUACUGCGGGUGUCCAUUAUUGGGUUUUUCUUGCUACAAGUCGCAUUUUUCGGAACUGGCAACGUCGCCUCGAUUUCGUCCUUCUCCUUGGAUUCAGUCUAUCGAUUACUACCAAUCUUUGAUCCAUUCCCCAUGGGGGCUCUAUUGAUGUUGAAACUGAUUAUUCCAUACGUUAUUCUAUCGUGUGGACUUGGGAUAUUGAAUGCUAAACUUAAUAUUAAGGACUACACUGUCUCCACUCUGAUUAUCUCUACAAGUGACAUUCUGUCCUUGAACUUCUUUUACCUUUUGAGGACGGACGGAUCCUGGUUAGACAUUGGUGUUACCAUCUCGAAUUACUGCCUUGCCAUUCUGUCAUCGCUGUUUAUGCUGGUCUUGGAAAUGAUCAGUCACAUCCUUCUGAGAAAUGUCACCAUAAAGGAAGCGGCCAAAUCUGCGGACUCUGAAAAGAAAACACAGUGA